UGCCGGAUAUAAAAAUUACACCACUCGGUGCUGGACAGGAUGUAGGGCGUAGUUGUAUUCUUGUCUCAAUGGGUGGUAAAAACAUUAUGUUAGACUGUGGAAUGCACAUGGGAUUCAACGAUGAAAGACGCUUUCCUGAUUUUUCUUACAUAGUCGCGGAGGGACCCGCGACCAAUUACAUCGAUUGCGUCAUUAUCUCUCAUUUUCACUUGGAUCAUUGUGGUGCCCUUCCAUAUUUCACGGAGAUGGUAGGCUAUACUGGACCAAUUUACAUGACACAUCCGACUAAGGCUAUCGCGCCAAUCUUGUUGGAAGAUAUGAGAAAAGUUGCGGUCGAACGUAAAGGUGAAAGCAAUUUUUUUACAUCGCAGAUGAUAAAAGACUGCAUGAAGAAAGUUGUUGCUGUCACGCUUCAUCAGUCUGUCAUGGUCGAUCCGGAAUUGGAAAUAAAAGCGUACUAUGCUGGACACGUGCUCGGAGCGGCUAUGUUUUGGAUUCGCGUGGGAUCGCAGUCUAUCGUGUACACAGGAGACUAUAAUAUGACGCCAGAUCGGCAUUUAGGUGCCGCAUGGAUAGAUAAAUGUAGACCAGAUUUAUUAAUAUCGGAAUCGACAUAUGCAACAACGAUUAGAGAUUCUAAAAGAUGCAGGGAAAGAGAUUUUCUUAAAAAAGUACACGAAUGCAUCGACAGAGGCGGGAAAGUGCUGAUCCCUGUAUUCGCUCUCGGUCGCGCCCAAGAAUUAUGUAUACUUUUGGAAACAUAUUGGGAGAGAAUGAAUUUAAAAGUGCCUGUUUACUUUGCACUCGGGUUGACCGAGAAGGCUAAUAAUUAUUACAAAAUGUUUAUCACCUGGACUAAUCAGAAAAUUAAGAAAACGUUCGUACAACGGAAUAUGUUUGACUUUAAGCAUAUAAAACCGUUUGAUAAAGCGUAUAUUGAUAAUCCAGGUGCGAUGGUAGUGUUUGCCACGCCGGGAAUGUUGCAUGCCGGUCUAUCUCUACAGAUAUUUAAGAAAUGGGCGCCUAACGAAGGCAAUAUGGUUAUCAUGCCGGGUUUUUGCGUGCAAGGCACUGUGGGUCAUAAGGUCUUGAACGGCACGCGCAGAAUAGAGUUUGAGAAUCGGCAGAUCGUGGAGGUGAAGAUGGCCGUAGAGUACAUGUCCUUUUCCGCUCACGCCGAUGCGAAGGGGAUAAUGCAACUGAUACAGUACUGUGAACCAAAGAACGUUAUGUUGGUUCAUGGGGAAUUUGCCAAGAUGGAAUACUUGAAAGAGAAGAUUAAACAGGAAUUCGGUGUCAGUUGUUAUAAUCCAGCUAAUGGCGAGACUUGCGUCAUCACAACUACCUCCAAAGUUCCCGUGGAUGCUUCUUUAGCAUUGUUGAAAGCCGAAGCGAAGAGAUAUUCGGCCUUACCGCCAGAUCCGAAGAGGCGGAGAUUACUUCAUAGUGUCUUAAUGUUGAGAGAAGAUGGUGUCUGUCUCGUAGACGCGGAUGAGGUUGCAAAGGCUGCAGGUAUCACUAAACAUGUGGUGAGAUUCACAUCCACUGUGCAGGUAAGAGAUCCUGGUCCAGCGCACGCCACCACCUUAAAACUGUUGCAGCCACUGAAAGAGAGAUUGUCAGGAUGGACGGUCCAAUUGACAGACGGCUCUAUAUCGGUCGAGUCUGUUUUGGUGAAAGUAGAAGGAGACGAAGAUGAUCAAAAGAGUGUUUAUGUUUCAUGGACUAAUCAGGAUGAAGAUUUAGAUGAUCCCACCUCUCGCGUCUUAGCGAAUCACUGGAUGGCCGUAACUAAAGGCGCAUGAUGCUUUGUCUAAUGAGCCCAUUCCUUAGCAAAGCGUCGCACACUUAGUUGACUAGUCCAAUGACAUUGUUAGCUCAUUACAAACGAAACAACAAAGCAAUGAGUAUCAAUCAACAGAUAUCGGCUGAAAGUUGCAGAUAUUUAUUAGAUAUCUAUUACAUAUUGCGAAAAAAGCAAUAUUACUUAGUAGCUAAAUAUAGCGUCUUGUGUCAUUAAGAGUUAUUGUUUUUAUAAAAUUUUUAUAAUGUAUAUAGUUUAUUAAUGUGCAAUUUUUGAUAUUCAAAAAGAAUGAUACCGUCUGGCUGAAGAUCUUAUUUGAUCUAAAAGUACAACUUUUAAAUAUGUAAAAUUGCUUAAAAUUAUAUCUAGUUAUAUAUUACAGAGAUGAUUCGCGCGCAAAAUGUAUAUUGUAUAUUAUACUCUAAUUAUGUGUGUAUAUAUAUAUAUAUAUUAAUGUGGCCAUAUCAAUAAAUAUUUAUUUUAAAAAGUGUAUCAUCUAUUAUGUAUUAAUAGAUAAGCGUAAUCCUUGAGAUUUGUCAUAAUAGAAAACAGCAGCAAGUAAAACAGUAAACUUUUAUUAACUAUGAAUAUGCUUUCUAGAUACAAAACGGUAAAUAAGUACGCGGUGUACUAAACAUACAUGCCUCUCUUACAAAAAUCAGUACGAUAUAAUUCUAUUUCUUGAUGCGACCAAUCGAUUACACAGAUGAACAAAGAACUCUUUAAAUUACACAAUAUUAAUAUCUAAUACAGUGUUUUUAAACAUUCAUGCAAGUAAUUGAUUAAAAGAAAUAGUUUUCCAAGGAACUCUAAUAUUGCUACUUUGCAACAAUAUAAAACAGUUUGACCGAUUAUAAUAAUAAACAGAACGUAAUUAAAUAUUAAUAUAAAUAACGGUAUGGAUCAUUUCCUUAAAUGUCCAUAGAAUUGUUUGUUAAUUUAAACAUAUUAAAUAUUACAUUAAAAGUUUAUGUGAAUUAUACGAAAUAAUAUUAUACGAAUCCGUCUUGUGUAUGCCUAGUUCAGUACAAUCAUUGGGCGCAAUUAUAAUUUCCGUUAACUUUUGUAUAUAUACGAUCACCUCGUUCAUGCAAACUCGCCUUAUAUCAUACGAUUAUUGCACGUGAAUCGAUCAACAAAUUUGAACUUGUAUACAAUGGAAUUAACAACAUGAAGAUCGUUUUAUAAAUCUGGUGUAUUGUGUUCGCUAUCAAUAACAAAAUGCCGUAUAUAUUUUAUAUUAUAUUAUGUAUAUAUGUAUGUAUGUAUAUAUAUAUAUAUAUAUAUAUAUAUACAUUAUUUCUGGUCCAUAUAUACGUCUAAUAAUAAAAGAAGAAAAAGAAAAAAAGAAUCGUCAAACACUAAUCAGAGUACGUGACUCAGAAAUAAUAUCAGAAUCAAUAUCAUAAUAUGCAAUAUGAAGUCAUGGAAUUACAUUAUUUAAUCAAUUAUACAAUUUUUCUCGAAUUGUAAAAAGAUCCUGUAAAUAUUGUUCUUAUGCCUCUCGCAUAACAGAAUUAAAAUUUAUUAAUUGUUACAGUUUAUAGAAUCUAUAAACAAUUAAUAUCGGCAAUUCGUAACGCACAAUUUUGAUAAUCUUUACAAUUGUGUAUUGUAUAUUGUAUAGCUAUUCAUAACU